AUGGUUGAAAGUGAGGGUGCUGCUUCCAACAGCGUCGGGUGGAUGUUGAGCAAAGAAGGUGGCGAUCAAGCCUCCUCGUUGGUUCAGCGAGGAGAUAUUGAUAAGUCGUGGAAAGCGUUCAAGCACCAGUCGCAAACGGAGACCUCGUUUGUGGAGGGAGAAGAUGAAGUGAUGAAGAGAGUCUUAAACCACAAGAACGGCAAGUUGAAGAAAUAUCAGCUGAUGCAUCCUGAAAUGAUAGAAGAGCUAGAAAACGCUAUUCAAGAUCAGAUUGCCGAGGAAGUGAAAAAGAAAUUACAUCUGGCUCUUGAGCAAAAAAAGAAUCAGGCUUUCAUCAACUUGAACAGAACCAUCAAAGAGCUCAACAAGGAAAAGAGCGAAAUACAAGCGAGGCUGAGCAAAUACGUGGCAGAAGUAGAUGAAGACAAGAAGGAAUUUCACGAUAUGAAGAGCAAGUUCUUCGACAAGUACUUGUCAAUGGACAUCAAGUCACAACAGAAGCAAGACGAGCUCAAGUACUGGAGACAAGUCGUUGCUGCCUAUGAGCAUCGCUUAAACCAACCGCGUACAGCGGAAAACUCGUCAGCCUGCGAUGAAGUUGAAACCAUCAGCAAAGACUCUGGAAGGUUGACGGUGAAUGCUGGGGCAGGAGUGAAAUGCUUCUGGCUGAUCAAGUCGAACAAAAAGACCCUCAACGUUCAAUUCUCUAACGUCAAGAACUAUGGGAACUCGAGCAUUGCGGUGUUUGUCGUUAACACCUCGUCGGCUCCUCUAACGGACAUCAUCGACAACAUUUAUCUUGACGCCCCGGCGACCACCUUGAGGGGGUAUGUUCCUGAGUUAUCGAUGCAGAGAAACACCAGCGAGAUUUUGAUCCACAACGACUUGGACAAGGAGUUGUUGCAUCCUUCGACUUUCAAAGUAUCAUGGACCAGCUCGUGA